CGUUAGCUGCAGUUUUGUUUUAUAGAGGCUUGAUUUCACACAGUAGGAGCUGCUCAACUUCAGUCACAAGUCUGUUCAUCAUCUUUCAGCAAAUGGACUGUUGCAUCGUUUCCGCACUGUGGUGUUUUAUACCACUUUAUUUACUUAUUCACGUCCUGUGUUUCAUUUUCGCGGACGCAGACUUCACUCUGCUGUGGGCAAGUCUGUUGGGACACAAGCCAGAGAACAAACUGAAAGGGCUGGUGGUGUGGGUCACUGGAGCGUCCAGUGGUAUUGGGGAGGAGCUGGCUUAUCAGCUGGCAAGGUGUGGGUCACGUCUGAUCCUGUCUGCUCGACGUGAGGAUGAGCUAAAUAGGGUGAAACGUUGCUGUUUAGAGUGCUCCGACCUCCAGGAUAAAGAUAUUCUUGUUCUUCCACUUGAUUUGUUGGAGAGGACGUCGCAUGAGGAAAGAACAAAAGCUGCAAUCCAGUACUUUGGACAUAUUGAUAUCCUAAUUAACAAUGGCGGCCGAAGCCAACGCUCUCUGUGCAUGGACACCAGUGUUGACGUGUAUCAGGCCUUGAUGGAGCUCAACUUCCUGGGUACGGUCUCCAUCACCAAGCAGGUGCUGCCUCACAUGACGAGGCAAGGCACUGGGAGCAUUGUGACUGUCAGCAGCGUCGUUGGCCUUGCUGGAGCUCCCCUGGCAACAGGAUACUCUGCCAGCAAACAUGCUCUUCAGGGUUUCUUUAAUUCCCUCCGGACUGAGCUGACUGACUUUCCAAACAUACUUAUCAGCACAGUGUGUCCGGGGCCUGUGCAGUCACAGAUUGUCCACAAUGCCUUCACAGAGGAACUGAACAAGCCUGUGGCCACAGUUGGUAAUCAGGAAUACAAGAUGCCAACAAGUCGCUGUGUGCAUUUAAUGCUGGUGGGAAUCGCCAAUGGUGUCAAGGAAAUGUGGAUCGCACAGCAGCCCUUCCUCCUGUUUUACUACGCCUGGCAGUACGCGCCUACAGUUGCCUGGUUCAUCACAAACAUGUUGGGCAGAAAAAGGGUGCAGAAUUUCAAAGCUGGCCUGGAUGCAGACUCUGGAUACUUCAUCAAGCCUAAGACUUCCUGAAAGUCACAUCCUCAAUAGGAAACGUUUAUUGCAUUCCUAAUUAUUGACCUGGAAAAUGAUGUGGGGUUUUACUGCAAUAUUUUGGAGUCUUUAGAGCUUUCUUCCCAGGGCAUGGCAGGGUGACAAAAAUACGUACCUUUCUAUUUUGCUGUGUUUUCAUCAGGUUAAGUAAAUUGUAUAUUUUACUGUCGUGUAACAGCUUAAGAUUAUGUGAACUUCUGGUCAGGUUAAGGAUUCCAUGUAGGAAUGAAGCAAUUGCAUUGACCUUUUGAUUGUUUAAUAAAACUGAGUUUAAAUCAA